AUGAUAACCGCCACGCCGCGCCUGCGCGUCCGCCGCCCGUCACCCACAACCGCCGAAUUCACCGUCACGACGCUGCCUCCUCGCACGCUCUCCCUGCGCAUCCUCCGCCUGCUCCUCCUCGUGGCCCGCAUCCUCCUCACCCUCACGACCGCGCUCCUCCUGUACGGCCGCUGGUCCUCCUGUCCCCUUGCCGCCUCGCAAUCCUCCGCCGCCGCCCGGCCGGCGUCCCUCCUCUCCCUGCAGGGAAUAUGGUUCCUUCUCGAUGGCUACACGCGCUCGUCCACGGGACAGUUCUUGGCCAGAGUCGCCUCCUCCAUUCCGCUGGGCUUGCUGCUCCCCGGGGCAAUUGUGGCCUUGUACGUGCUCAGUCUGCGGCUGCACUCGCAUGAGAGCCUCCUCGUGCUGCGGGGGCUGGGCGUGCAGACGACAGAGUCGCCGUCGACGUAUCUCGCUAGCCCGUCGACGCGGUUCAUUCCCACAGAGAAGAUUCAGGACAUUUUCGUGAACGAGGCGUUCAUCGGGUUCGAAGUGAGGUACUAUCUUGUUGUGGUCGUGGAAGGGGAGGAGGAUGUCGUGAUUGUCUUCCCGGGGCUGCUGCCCAAGAGGAGGAUUGUCGAGACGGUCUGGAGGGGUGCGAGGGAGUGUUUGUACGAGGCCCCGAAAAGGGAUGUAGAAUAG